CUUGCCACUCUACUCCUGUCCAUUACACCAGAAUCUUCAAUCCCCAUAUCUAAAUUUCUCCUUUAAUAAUUGGCCACAUUUCUGUCUUCUUCUUUUCUUCUGGUAGCUGACAGUUACAUUUGUCAUUCUUUUUUCCUCCAAACCCUAAAUGUCCUCUAGUUUUUCCUAACUGUAACUACUUGUAAAUUAAUUAAUGGCAGCUUCUGUUUCCUGCCACUAUUUUUCUUCCCCAUUAACAACUUCCACCAAACCCAUCAAACAUUCCCUCAAUUACACCCAUUUUGCACCUUCUCUAACUAAAGGGCCGAUCCGCCAUUUUGCUCCACUAUGUUCUUCACAACGUUCACGUCCUUCUGAAAUCCAAGAAAAAGAGAAAGAUUGGUUCUUGUCAUUGAAGAAGUGUGCAGUUUCGGUUGCAUUAUCAGUUAGUUUGUUAAGUGGAGUACCUGGCUUGGAAUGGUUGAGUCCUGCCCAUGCGAGCACCCCUGCAUUACCAGAUGUCUCUGUGUUGAUCUCAGGGCCACCAAUUAAGGAUCCGGGGGCGUUAUUGAGGUACGCAUUGCCUAUAGACAACAAGGCAAUAAGAGAAGUUCAAAAACCACUUGAAGAUAUUACUGAUAGUCUUAAGGUUGCUGGUGUGAAGGCGCUUGAUUCUGUCGAAAGAAAUACAAGACAGGCAUCCCGAGCUCUCAAGCAAGGGAAAACCUUGAUUGUUUCAGGACUUGCAAAGUCAAAGGCUGACCACGGCGUUGAAUUACUAAACAAACUGGAAGCUGGGUUAGAUGAGCUUCAAAAAAUUGUUGAAGACAAGAAUCGAGAUGCUGUUGUAUCUAAACAGAAAGAAUUGCUUAAUUAUGUUGGAGGUGUUGAAGAGGAUAUGGUGGAUGGAUUCCCAUAUGAAGUGCCUGAAGAAUAUCAAAAUUUGCCUUUACUAAAGGGAAGAGCAACUGUUGAUAUGAAGGUCAAAGUUAAAGACAAUCCCAACGUGGAGGAAUGCGUAUUUCGUAUCGUCCUAGAUGGCUAUAAUUCUCCAGUUACUGCAGGAAAUUUUAUAGACUUGGUGGAGAGACAUUUCUAUGAUGGCAUGGAAAUUCAAAGAGCGGAUGGGUUUGUGGUUCAAACAGGAGAUCCUGAAGGUCCAGCUGAAGGUUUUAUUGACCCCAGUACUGAGAAAACCCGGACAAUACCUCUGGAGAUUAUGGUGGAUGGUGAAAAAGCACCAUUCUAUGGAGAAACUUUAGAAGUAAGUCCAUGAAGUUGUCAUUUUGCCUCUGAAUUUGACCUCUUAAUGUCCUAGCCGUGAUAAAUUUAUUUUAACUUCCAACUUCUCAGCAGAAGUUAUAUAAAGUAUCAUAGCAAACAUUGUUGGCCAAGCCAUCAUCAUGUCUACUAUACCCAGUUUCUUGUUUUGGUCUUCGAAAUUACCAUAGACCUGUUACUGUGGAGAGAAAGUCCACUCACCCCAAUGCGUUAGCCAUUGGCAUGCCUGCUCUUGCACAGAGUGGCCGUCAUCCAUGGACUAGGACUAGGUAAAAAGAAACC